ACCCGGCGAGAUGCACCAACAGCCCAAAGAAGCAGGGAGCAGAGGAGGAGAGCGAGGCUGCAGAUAGAGCAGAGAAUACAAAGAGCAUGUGAGUGUGUGUGUGUGUGUGUGUGUGCGCGCGGCUAACGCGUGUGUGUGACACACAGAGGUGUGUUUGUGUAGAGCAGCGAGGAGGAAACCCGAUCUCUCUGUGUGGAAUAACGCUGUCCGUUAGCUUGCCUGUUGGUUUUUGCCGCGAGCUCUUAGCUCUAGCCCGGCCCGGGUCGGCCCACCCGAGAGCCGGUGCUGGUGGAGGUGGCGGCGGGCGGUGGUGGGGGGGGGCGAUGGAGCGGUUCCUGGCCCUGUUGCGCCUGCUGAGCAGGAGGAGGCGAGGGAGGAGGUACCGGGCGGAUGACGACUACCAGGAAGGCUACGAAGACGUUUACUACUACACCAGCAAGUACAACGGCCGCCUACCGAAUGAGGGGCCGUACACCAAACACUCCGCCGGCUCGAGACCUCCAGAUGGAGCGCUGGCCAUCAGGAGGCAGAGCAUCCCAGAUGAGUUUCGGGGGUGCUCGGUGGUGGAGCUGAUGAAGAAGGAGGGGACGACACUCGGCCUGACGGUGUCGGGCGGCAUCGACAAAGACGGGAAGCCUCGGGUUUCAAACCUACGUCAGGGAGGCAUCGCCGCCAGGAGCGACCAGCUGAACGUGGGCGACUACAUCCGAGCCGUUAACGGCAUCAACUUGUCCAAGUUCAGACACGACGAGAUCAUCAGCCUGCUGAAGAACGUGGGGGAGCGAGUCGUCCUGGAGGUCGAGUACGAGCUGCCGCCGCUCUCGGUCCAGGGGUCAGGGGUCAUGUUUAAGAACGUAGAAGUCACCCUUCACAAAGACGGAAACAGCUUUGGCUUCGUCAUCAGAGGUGGAGCCCGUGAAGACAGGAACAAGUCCCGCCCGAUCGUCAUAACAACCAUCAGGCCCGGCGGCCCGGCUGACAGGGAAGGAACCGUGAAGCCUGGCGACCGGUUGCUAAGCAUCGACGGGAUCCGUCUCCACGGCAGCACGCUGUCAGAGGCCAUGAGCAUCCUGAAGCAGUGCGGGCAGGAGGCCACGCUGCUGCUGGAGUACGACGUCUCAGUGAUGGAUUCUGUUGCCACGGCGUCAGGGCCGCUGCUGGUGGAGGUUGCCAAGGCAACGGGCUCCAGUCUGGGCGUGGCCCUGUCCACCUCCAUGUUCUGCAGCAAGCAGGUCAUCGUCAUCGACAAGGUCAAGCCGGCCAGCAUAGCGGACAGAUGUGGAGCUCUUCAUGCAGGAGAUCACAUUCUGUCUGUGGACGGGAAGUCGAUGGAGUUUUGUUCUCUGGCUGAAGCCACUCAGCUGGCCAUCCUGACACACAAAUAA